UCUCAAUAGCCUUAAUGUUACUAUAUAUAUAUUUAUACUUCAUAGUCAUGCCUGAUUCCCCGUAUUACCGAAGUUAGUAGAUGUACACAGCAGUCUGUGGAGCAUAAUAGAGAUUUACAUUACUACUCUUGUUACCUGUCGAAUUUAAGGAUUCUUAUAACCACCCACUGCAUCGUCAGUACAUUUGCCACUGUUUUCAUUGCGAUCAUCAUAAACAAAUACUAAUAAGUAACACCACAUCGCACCCUCACUCCCUACCUUAGUGCGUGCGUGUGUGUGUGUGUAUAUAUAUAUAUAUAUAUAUAUAUAUAUAUAUAUGUAUAUAUAUGCCACUCACAUACAUAUAUAUUUAUAUAUACGGAGGUUGAAUAGACGGAACAUCUAAGUUAUCAAACGAAAGUGGUGCACUAAUGCAUAAACAUAAGGGAUAGUGAAAAUAAUAUUAAACAACACAAAACAAAACAAAACAAAAACAGUAACUGGAUAUGAAGAGAGUAAAAGAAAUGGAACAGAGAAACAAGGAAAAGAGGACGGAGGAAUAAAUAGAGCGAGCGUUCUAUGUUAAGAAGGAAAGAGAAAACAAAAAACUGCAAGUUGUAAAAAGAGUUUGGAAAACAGCGAUGUUCUUUUGAUUUGCUAUAUAUAUAUAUAUAUAUGUAUUUAUGUAUAUGUGUUUAUGUGUACCGACCACAUCUUGAUUCGAUAUCUAAAUAUUUUACGUUCCCUUGUUCUACUCCAGAACUUGUGCACCACAGAAAUAUAAUGACAAUAGCAACAAGUGCAACAACUGCAUUAAAACCUUUCAGCACAUUGUUGAAGUAACAUCGUUUCUGUUCAAAUGCGAUGAUGGAUUUCUGGUCAUAUUUCCAUGUGAACAUUUCCACUGUGGCACCGGGACUCUAUGCCUAUGUAUCCAUGCUGGACAUUAACUACAUGCGAUGGGUAUUAUGGUUGGUCUACCCAAUCAUUAUAUCUUUCCUUCUACCACUCAUCCUUGCCUUCUGCCUCGUGGCCUCUAUCCUCUUCCUUCAUUUCUAUUCAUACCGACAUGGUCUACGCCAGGCCUAUGCUAAAGACUUCUGGCAUGGGGCUCGACAGAGUCUAGCAGUGCUCUGGGAUUUUCAUGGCUACAUAUGGCACAGUUAUGAAGUAGAAGGAUUUGAGAAUGUUCCCAGUUCAGGUCCGGCCCUUCUCAUCUAUUACCAUGGUGUUGUUCCCAUUGAUGUCUACUAUGUCAUGGCCAGCUGUAUCAUCCAUAAAGGUCGUACAAUCCGUGCCAUUGGAGACCGAUUCCUAUUUAAAUUACCAUUCGUCAGGAUUUUGAUGGAAGCUUUCAAAGUAUCCCCUGGUACAGUACAGAGCUGUAUAAACUUACUGAAUGAAGGACAUAUUUUAGCUAUUGCUCCAGGUGGUCUUCGAGAAGCCCUCUUUGGAGAUGAAUAUUACCAAAUUAUGUGGAGCAAACGAGUUGGCUUUGCUAAAGUUGCACUUAAAGCGAAUGUGCCCGUUAUACCAAUGUUCACUCAAAAUAUUCGAGAAACAUUCCGAACACCAGGCUGGAGUAGAAAUAUCUUAAGAAAACUCUAUGAGAAAACACGAUGGCCUCUCCUCCCCAUUUAUGGUGGAUUCCCAGUAAAAUUAAAAACCAUAUUUGGGGAACCAAUUUAUCCUGACCAAUCAGAAAGUCCAGAAGAAUUUGCUAAAAAGGUUGAAUGUAAACUGCAAGAGUUGAUCAAUAAACAUCAGAGAAUUCCUGGCAGCAUUCUACAAAGUUUAUUGGACAGAGUUGUUAAGAGGAAACCCAAGCAGUCAUGACAGGAUUACAAAGAUUCUGACAGAGAUUUAGCAAAUUCCUGUGACCUUUCUCAAUCUUCUAUGAUGACGUUGAUGGUGAUGGUGAUUAUGAUGAUGGAGAUGAUAAUGGUGAUGUUGAUGAUGGCAGUGGUGGUGAUGUGAUCGUGUAGUUGUUGAUGUUGAGGGCAAUUGUGAUACAACUAUGACAAUUAUUGCUAUGGAGGUGAUGAGGAUGAUAAUGACAUUCGUAAUGAAGAUGAUAAUGGAGAUGAUGACAACAGUAGCAAUGAUGAUGAUGAUGAUGAUGAUAAUGACCAACACAUUUCUAUACUGCUGCUACAUUCAUUUACAUCUUAUCCCAGUCAUAUCUUAACCUCUGAUUCUCCUUUCCUCUCUUCCACUUCAUCAUGUUCUACCUAAUUACAUGUGUCUCUUUGAUGAGUUUUUGAUAAGUGUAAUUAUCAUUGGGUUUCUUCCACUUUACUCUCUCUUUCUCUCUUUCUCUCUCUCUUACAUUCCUCUCUUGCAGUCUUCUUUUCUCUGUCUGUCUAUGAUCUCACACUCUCUCUCUCUCUCAAACAUUAUCUCUGGCCCACAGACAGGCUGUCUCCUCUCACAGACAUUUCUACUGCUACAAUACUGGCCUCUGAACUUUAGAGCUGGCUGCUCUUAUGUUGAAUCCACUCAAGAACUCUAGAUUCACUCCUCUUCUUUCUUUCAUUUCCCCAUAUUGUGUGUAUCAUAAAACAACCCUCUUCCUUUCCUACUACAACCAGCCCUUUCUUUAUGACAAUUUACACUGGACAUUAACUACAUCAAUGUCACUGGUCUUAGAGGACCUUCAGAGACCAUACAAGACCUUCAGAGACCAUACAAGACCUUCAGAGACCAUACAAGACCUUCAGAGACCAUAUAAGACCUUCAGAGACCAUAUAAGACCUUCAGAGACCAUACAAGACCUUCAGAGACCAUACAAGACCUUCAGAGACCAUAAAGACCUUCAAAGGCCAUACAGAACCUGACCAGAUUGAACUAAUAAAAAAGAAAAUCACACAUUCUCCUUCAUUCCUUAUGUCUCGCUUUGCCUCUCACUUUCACCUUCAUCCCCUCCCCUCAUUUUUAUUCAUUCCCACACACUCCUCUCGUCAUCCAUCCUCACACUUACCAUUUCUGCCUCAGUCACUCUAGCUAGCCUCUAAUUACCACAACAAAACCCUCUCCAAGCAAUAAAAUUGCUGUAACAAUCAGUGUUUUAUGAGGGACGGACCAGAUAUAUUUUAUUUAAGAUAGGGGUGCUGGACUGAUCCAUUUUGUUUUCUAUAGAAAUGAUCAAAUUAGACCAAUUUAUUUUUACUUUCCCUUUUUCCUUUAUAUAUUUUUAAAAGUCAUUUACCCCCUCCCCACCUUACCUUUGAUCCUUUUUUUUAUUCUUUCAUCUCUUCUUUCUCUCUCAUAUCUUUCUCAUUCCUCUGAUUCCCUUUGCUGUUCUGCCUCUUUCUCUUGCCUUUCCUCUCCUCCCCCUAUCUUGAUUGCUCUAUAUUUUCUCUCUCUCUCUCUCUCUCUAUUUCUCAUCAUUUCUUCACCAGAUAUUUCUGUCCACUUUUCUUUACCCCCCCCCUCAAAUAUCUAACAGUGUAAACAUUAAAAUGUCAAAUAAUUUGUAUGCAAAAAGUUAUUUUCCAGAUAAAAAACAAAACUCGCCAAAUAUUGAAAAAAUGCUUUUGUCUAUUUGUUGCUUCAUCUUUCAUCUCUCUGCUUAUAUACAUAUAAUAUAUAUAUAUAUAUAUAUAUAUAUAAUAUAUAUAUAUAUGUGUGUGUGUGUGUGUGUAUGUCAUUCUCUCUCUCCCCUCCUCCCUGUUCUUCCUGCUCUCUUUCUCUCUCAACACACAUAAAACAUAUUUGUCUCUAUGCCAUCAGAACGAAAGCAGAAAAGUGAGAAAAUUGGAGCAGUGCUGGAGUGAAUCCUCAGUUUGAAGCCCAUGAAUAAACUCUACUAAAUGUGACAUGUACUUUUUCUCCCAUUUAUAUAAAAAUAUUGUUUACGUUAUAAAAAUUAUAUGCUUUUCUUUUGGAAACUUGGAGAGAUAAGAAAUAAAUUGUUUUAAUGGCGGAACUUCAAGUGGACAAUAAUAAAUAAUUAAACUUCUUGGAUAGAAAAAAAAAAAAAAAAUUGAAGGCACCAAUGGGACUUGAACCCACAUAAUCUGUGGACAUGACAGAUGUGCUAACUUGUGAAGUCUUUGAAAUUAUUUCUAUCCUGGGAAGUUUUUAGCCCAA